GCCAGCGCACGACACCCAACAGCCAAGUGGAUCGGUGACUCAGCCAUGCCGUGAGCGGCUCGGUGGUGGCUCAGCCGGUCCACACGUUGAGGCUCGUGUGGCUCGUCGGAGAUGCUUUUGGGCUCGUGCGGCUCGUGAAUGAUCAGGGAAGAUGAAAAGGAGGUGAUCAAGGAAGAAGAACGUUUGGAAGAGCGUCUCUUGAAGGGUUCACCAGCCGAAGCAAGGGAAGCAGACAAUGUGGAGGAAGAAGGAGAAGGAGAAGGUGGUGAAGAAGCAGGUGAGGAAGGGGCAGAAGGUGAAGGAGAAGGAAGACAAGAAGUCGAAGAAGCCCCUCAAGAAGAGCUCGAUGCAAAGCCACCGCUCCAAGGCGCUCGGCAAAGCCAAGAGGCGCAAAGUUCAGCGCUUGAGGCAGCUGAGAAGGAAACAGAGAUGAAGGCGGAGGAUUUGCACAUCGGAAAGGGUGCAGAGGACAUGGUGAAAGCUGUGCGGGUCUUGCAGAGGUUCUAUCGCUUCAAGAAAUAUCGUUGGUUCGACCUGGGGAGAAAGACUCACCCAGUUCAGCUUCCAGAACAUCCAGGCGACCAACAAAUCCCAGUGGGCAUUCAGUCUGGUCGGGAUCCGGUCACUGCCUGGCACGAUGCGCUCCGUGCCAGUCGUAUCUCCGAAGGCGAUGGCAGCGGUGAGCCAAACCGGAUCGCGAUAGCUUUGUCCUACCUGAGUGAGGUUGGUCGAUUUGCUGCUGCCUGUCGCGCUGCUGCCGUCUUGGCCGUGCAUGAGGUGUUGUUGCAUCCCUACGGCAUGGACACUCAGAAGCACAGCAAGCACCAUGGCCCAGAUUCGCCUCGAGAGGACGGAGACCGCUUUAAGCCACCACAGCUCGUCACCAAAGAUGACCCACUGUGGCCUUUGGUACGCCCGCGCUUCGACGGCGAUCGCGUCUACGUGCACGACUCGAUUGUGCUCACGGUGAUUGGCGGCAACAGCCACGAGUCUUCCCAAGAAUUUGCUUGGCGGCUUUAUCAGCACGAUGUGAAAGGAUUCCAGGCGCUUGCAGAUGCCAUCUCCAGCAACUCGCAGUCUCACCACUGGGCCUUGCCGGUGGCGGUGCUGGUGGACUAUUUGGGCUUCAGAGUGCUUUGCCGACCACAGAUUCUGGCAAUCGGAGAUCCGCCAGCAGAGAUGGUCCUCGGGCCCUUUGCAGAGGCAGAGGUGGCUUAUGGUGCUCCUGGAGAUUUGCCAGAACUGUGGCGAGAGGCCACGAGUUCCAUUGAUGCAGCGCAGCAGGAGCAGGCAACGAAUCCAGUGGCAUAUCCUGGAGACUCUGCGGAAAACCGCUGGCGUCAGCAACUGCAGACGCGGAGCAGGGCUCAAUUCGCCAGCUUGGUUCUCCAUGAGUGGGACCGACGGCACCCGGAACUCCGACAGGAGCUGGCGGAAAUGGCCAGUGAUUUGGGCCUUCAGGGCUAUCCUGUGUGCCUCAUGAGCGACCUACCGAAGCCCCUCGCAAGCACCUCCCUCUUGCGCUUGCGCUCCCAUUCCAUCCCGGGAGCCCGGGAUCCGGAGAACCCGGAGGGCGAGGAGCUUCACUUCCGAAGCCCCGCAGAAGUCCUGCCACCAGAGAUCAACUUGGAUCCCAAGCCCAACAACUCCCGCAUUGUGGAUCCGGUGAAGCGUCUCCGGCGCGAGGCGCUUUGGUCCUUGAGCGUCCCUCCUUUGCCUCCCACACAUGCAGUCACUGCUGCCGCGAAUGUGGGGCAACGAGUCUCCAGCGAGCCGUUAAAGGAUGUCUCGAACCGAGCAGAGCGAGAGCUUCCUCAGCAGGUGCUUGAUAGGAUCAGCUCUGAGGGCCCUCCAUUGGACAGUCGAGGUUGGACCGAAGUGCUACAUGCCUCAGGUGUCAACAUUCGGCAUAUGUCUCGCGUCGCAUCCUUGGCAAGUUCUUCGGCAGCAGCCUCCCUUCAUCGAGAGGCAUUGGCACGCAGUGCCAAAUGGCUGCUGAGGAAGAGGCUGUGGAAGAAGAAGCCUUGGGCCACUGUGGCGCCGCAGGUGAUCCACGAAGUCCACAUGGGUCCCGAACGUACGGCUGCCCUAGAGGUGCUGAAGAUCUUCAAUUUGGUUUUGGGAUCUGGCGCCGAUUCCGAGAACUUCUGGGAGCAGCAGCUGGUGCCAGAAGCCGCCCGGAGAUUCGGCUUUGCUGCAAAGCAGUUGCAACGACACCAUGUAAAGCCGCACGCUCUUUUUCAAGCCAUGGAACACCAUUGCCGCGUGAAAUUUGAAUUGGAUGCCGUCAGCCGGCCGUUCUUCAGAGCUGGAUAUCCCAAUCCCUUGAAGGAGGAAGAUUUGGCAUUGUUCACAUCCAGCACCUUGCAACCAUACUUUCCCCACUUGGCGGCAAUGAAGGAUCAUUGGAUUCGCCGGUUGGAGCACUAUGAUGCUGUCGAUGAGGAAUCGCGACAAAUCCGAGAUCAUUUGCUCCAGGAGCCAAGCUUUCAAGGCUUUUGGCCCGACGUGCGCAUCAUUUGUUCACGUGGCGAGGAGUGGUCUGCUGCGGUCUCGGCACCGACCAAGCACACGCGAGAAAACCGCUGGGAUCGAGUCUUUCAGGUCCUGAAGCUGCAACUGACCUUUGCGCGGGCCAUCGGCGAUUCCCCCGCCGCGGUGGGCGGCAUCUUGCAGGGCAUCGCCGUGGCGCUGUUGGAAAUGGCCAAGCAGAGCGCCGAAAAGCCUGAAAAGCCCGAUGAGCUGGACGAGAUCGCCACGGCCAUGCAGUCGCGUGGGCCAAAAGCAGAUCAAACAUGCCUGAAGAAAGCACUUUGGGCAGCGGAUGCAGCCACAAAGAUGCUCCCAAGCACCAUAUCCUCUUGGUGGGCGCAACUAGCUGCUCUUGAAGCUGAGUGGCUUUUAGAAAAGCAUGUGGAGGCGCAUUCGCGAGUGCAACGCCUGCAAACAGACUGGGACAGGUUUUGUCCAGAUCAGCCUGUUUUGAUGCUGCGUUUGGAAGGGACUGCCGCCCGACUAUAUGCUCAGCAGGGCGAUUGGGCUUCUGCUGCUAUGCACACCGAGAGGUGUUGCGCCUUGGCGGAGCGCGCCUUUGGCCGCACCCAUGGUGCCACCAUUGCACUCCGCGCACCACUGGGAGAUGCUUGGUCAAGAAGGGAAGAUUGGGACAAAGCUGUUGCUGCAUAUCAAGAAGCUUACUCGGUGGCGCAGGUGUGCAGCGAUGAGAAGACCACCGGAAGAUUGGCCUUCGAGUUGGCCCAGGUGCUCUUCUUCAAGGGAGACCUCACGGGGGCCAAGGGCUUUGCGGAAGAUGCAGUGAAGCUGUUGAUUCCUUUGGAACUGGGGCGAAGCAGCGGCCAACUGAGUGGCACGUCCUUUGAAGCCUUGACGCUUUUGUCCAAGGUCUACGAAGACUUGUGUCAACGUUUCUUGGAGCUGCAUGAGACCGAGCAGGCGGAGGUGAGCCCUGCCAUGCUUCAGGCGCUCGUCUCAAAGGCCAUCAAAUGCUUCGAGACGGUUCUCAAGAACUUGCCUGCCUCUGAGCAGGCACCGCGGCGAGCGGGGGUGAUGUCGCGAGCCGCGCAGAUCGUGCAGUCGGUGCUGAGACUGAAGGUCAUGGGCCUGGGUGAUAGUGAAUACUCAGUCUUGGUGGAUGCCGUGGAGGAGCUCUUGCUGCAUGCUUCGGUCUCCGAGACGGCGUCCGCCUUGCAGCGCGCCAUGAGCCAGACUCGUGGUGUUCGCCAGCUCCAACCUCGUGCCGAGACGCGCGCGGUGGCCGAAGCCGCGCUGCGGCCGGUGGAGUUGGAACACGCCGAGGAGGUCCCGGUGAAGCUCAUGGAGCUCUUCGAGGAAGUCGCCCGCGAGGCAUUGAUCAAUGGCAUUCCGCCAUCGAAUUGGUUCGACCACAUGGUGCGUGUCGUGGCGGAGGGGUUCGCUGGAGCGCCCGUGCCGGGGGACGCCACCUACUUGGCCACGAUCCAGAUGUUGGAGCUCUGCCGCUUCUUCGGCAAUGCGGCACGUGUAAUCAUGUGUGCGACGAGCAGCAGUCAAUGAGUCGAUGUGAGACGAAGUGAGUUAACGACCUGGACUGGGCCGAAAAUGCUUGGAAGAUGCCACAAAGCAACGAACGCUUUGCAACGUCAGGAUGUCUUGCUCAGGUUCAACGAAGCAUCGCAACAUGCAUGCCAUGCAUGUGAU